ACCCGGGCUGUCAUUGUCACCAUAUUCCUCUCCAUCUUGGUCACGUCCAUCGUCAUCCUGCCAGGGAUCCCAGCCAGGGGGCUGUGGCCAGCUGUCAACACGUCCAAAGACAUGAGGUUUGGAUAAAUGUGGAAAUAGCAGCUGAAGACUGUUAGAGGGAAUUUCUCCACCCUCUUUCUCAAGAAAAGGGAUGUCACAGCUUUCCCAAUGGGUUCUUUUGAUCUUCUUCCCCUGUCUCAAUCUCCCUGCUGCCUCCCCCCCACCACAGCAGGGAUGCCUCAGCCCCAGGUGUACCCCAUGCCACUCACCCACAGAGCACAUGGGGUGACUCCCGAGGGGAGGGACAGCUCUAUUCCUCACCAUGUUUCUGAAUUGUGUGCUUGGUGCUGAAGUCCCCAUGGUAAGAUCUGACUGACACCUCUCCUUCCACUCUGCUCAACCCUUACAGCGACUCUUCUGGUUCCUGCGGGUGGUGUUGGGACUCUUCAUGGGAGCAGUGCUCCUCACUGUACAGUUCACCAGAGACUGGGAGACUGGCUGGGUGCAGGUAAACACCUCCUACAAGUCCUUCAGCCCUGUCCAAGUGAACGUGGACAUUGGGCUGCACAUCGGCCUGGCAGGGGUGAACGUCACACUCAGGGGAAACCCAGUGAACCAGAUCAACGAGACCAUCAACUACAAUGAGCACUUUCCUUGGAACUUUGGAGCGGAUUAUGACCACAGCUACAGCAAGGGACUGGAGAAGGGGCUGCCCAGCCCCAUCCUCUAUGUGGCAGAGAAGUUCAGCACGCAGAGUCCGUGUGCUGUGCACAGGCAGUACCGCAUCGCUGGCCACUACACGUCACUCACCCUGUGGCUGGCCUUUUGCACAUGGCUCAUAUCCAUCCUGUUCUUCUCCAUGUCCAUCCUGCUGUAUGGUGGCCACAUGCUUCUGCUCACUGCCACUCUGAUCCUCUUCUCACUGCUCUUCUUCUUCACUGUGAGAGACACUCUGAAGUGCCCCAUCCAGUUCGGCCCAGUUUCCUUGAAAACAGACUAUGGUGAAUCCUUUUGGCUGACAUUAGUGACAGGGCUGCUGUGCCUGCUCCUGGGGCUGGGCAUCAUCAUCCUCAACUCUGUGCAGCCAGAAAAGCUGAAGCUCAUCUUUAGCCUGGACAAGAGCAGCAAAGACAAGGUGAGGGACAAGUCCUGCCUGCCAGCUGAGCCCAGCUGCUCUGCACAGGAUGGGCUUAUGGUCCCCCUGGGCGAGCUCUGCCAAGUGACAGCCACCCAGCUCUGAGGCACAGGGAGACAAGGUCUGGAGAGGCUGCUCCUGAAUUCACCAAAUCCAUCAGCAGCCCAGGUGGGAAGAGAUGUGACAAGAACCAAGUGAUGAGAAUAUCCAGAUCUGAAAGAGUUUUCUCAAAUACAACAGUCUGAUUUUUCUUUUUUUUUUUUCUUUUUUCUGUUUUACUGCCCUUCC